GGUGACAGCUCCCUUCGCCCCCACCUCAAUCGCCGAGCGAACGACUGUUCGAUGACGGCCAUUGUUUCAUUACAUUCACAAAAAAAGCCCCAUACGCCAAAAGAUAUCUCUCGUUCCACAUGUCGAAUGUAGGGAUCCACUCACUUCCACCAUUGGCGCGGGAAAACCCCCUCGAUGGGCCUUCAAUACCUCCUCCAAACGGCACCACAUCCCGGUUUGACAACCCUCCGAACGGGAACAGCAUCGGACGUUUUGUAGCGAUAUUCUGUUUGGUGGUAACGACACUAGCUGUUGGUUUAAGAGCUUACACGCGGAUUUUCAUUCACAAAAAGAUUCACAUAGAAGAUUUCCUUGGAUUCUCUGGAUAUGCUUUGUUCAUCUGCUUCGUGUACUGCAUUUUUGCCAUCAUCGCCGGUGUAGGGGUGUUUGUGCAUCAGUGGGAUAUACGUGUCAGGGACAUGGCCGAGGAACUAUGGUAUAUUCAUCUAGGCUUCAACUUCUACACAACGUCCGUGAUGUUUCUGAAGGCAGCAAUCUUGCUAGAGUGGACUCGACUCUUUGCUCCAUACGGCAUUAGCCCGUGGUUUUCGAGAACGUGCUACACUUUGCUGGUCUUCAAUAUACUAUUCUUCUCAACGUGUAUAAUUGUAUCAGCAAGUUCUUGUAGGCCGUAUAAGGGGACAUGGGAUCGAGCCAUCCCUAAAACCUGUACCAAAACCUUUAUCUUGGACAUGGCCUCAUCGUGCGUCAACGUCGUACUCGAUAUCGCUGUGCUAGUCCUGCCCCAAAAUCUUAUCUGGCGUUUACAGAUGACGCUGAGACGCAAGAUUGGCAUCGCAAUAAUCUUUGGUAUUGGCUUACUUGCUUUGAUAUCCGCCAUCUAUCGGCUUGUUGCUACGGCACGGUUCCUCACUUCGUCGGACAAGAUAUAUGCCAUCUCGGCAGUUGGCUCUGCGUGUCUGUUGGAGAUACUUUGCGUGAUCCUUGUGUUCUGCACACCUACUUUUCCAGCCAUCGUUAGGAAGCAUGCCGUGCUGAAGAAAGCUGCGUCCUAUUUGCUGUCCCGGAGCGUCUUCGGUUCCAAGCCAAAGGAGCCUGGCAAUGAAUUACUGACCUUGAAUGCGGGCGAAAUGCCACGGUCACGGCCACAGCCGGAAGACUGACCUUGGAGAGACAUAAUUACCUAGGCUGGUGGGAGUGUAGCUCUCAAAUAGACAAGACGUAAAGUUUGAUAUCUAUCAGAGCAUCUUCACCACACAUAAGAAGUUUCGAAUUAAAUCCUGGAAUCCCAAUACCGCAUUUCAGUAUGCUACUUAAUCGAUAGUAUGAAGAGAUCACCUCUUAAUAGAUAAUAAAAUAGGUUAAUUCACAUAACACGUAAAUAGCAAAGCGGUACUUCCCA